GUCGCCCGGUAGAUCCGUACGUCCCCCCCCCCCCGGGGGCCAGAGGCUUGUGGCUGCGUCUCAGGGAGGAUGACCGAGAUCCUGGUGCCCGACGUGAACCUGAACUCGGUGUGCGAGCGCCUGGAGCACUGCUGCAUGGGCCAGCAGCAGACCCCUGCCAUCAAGAGACACACCAACACGGGGGCCAAGCUAUGGGGCCGCGUACGCAGCAAGCUCCUCAGACAAAAGUUGGACCCUCAGACAGUGCAGUCAAAGAACUGGCACAUGGACGUUAUAGAGAUGAAUGGGAUCAAAGUGGAGUUCUCCAUGAAGUUCACCAGCCGCGACUUGAGCCUGAAGAGAACGCCCUCCAAGAAGCAGAGCGGGGUGUUUGGAGUCAAAAUCAGCGUGGUGACAAAGCGCGAGCGCUCCAAGGUGCCUUACAUCGUCCGCCAGUGCAUCGAGGAGGUGGAGAAGAGGGGGAUCGACGAGGUGGGGAUCUACCGCAUCUCGGGGGUGGCCACCGACAUCCAGGCCCUCAAGGCUGCGUUCGACACCAAUACCAAAGACAUCCUGGUGAUGUUAAGUGACAUGGACAUCAACGCCAUCGCAGGGACUCUGAAGCUCUACUUCCGGGAGCUUCCGGAGCCCCUGCUCACAGACCGUCUGUACCCAGCCUUCAUGGAGGGAAUAGCUCUGUCUGACCCUGCAGCCAAGGAGAACUGUAUGAUGCACCUGCUGCGGUCUCUCCCUGACCCCAACCUCAUCACCUUCCUCAGCCUGCUGGAACAUCUCAAGAGGGUGGCUGAGAAGGAGCCCGUCAACAAGAUGUCCCUCCACAACCUGGGCACGGUGUUCGGCCCCACCCUGCUCAGGCCCUCCGAGUCCGAGAUCUCCAAGGCACACAUCACCACCGCCUCCGACAUCUGGUCACAUGACGUCAUGGCACAGGUGCAGGUGUUGCUGUACUACCUGCAGCACCCUCCUAUCUCCUUCGCUGAGCUGAAGCGGAACACUCUUUACUUUUCCACUGACGUUUAAACCCGUGGUGGGGGGGGGGGGGGGGAGACAGACGGACUCAACACUCACCACCCCCGGACACCCUCCAGCUCCUUUUAACUGUACAGACCCCCCACCCUCCUUCACGCCUCCUCCUUCCAGUUAAACAGGGAAACUGAGAGACACAUCAGGGGGGAGUGGAUACACAUAUUUCCCCCCCCCCUUCGCCCCCAGCUCCUACAGUCACGUCUUGUAUCCUGUUUUUAUGGGUGGAGAGCUCCUCCCAGAUCCACCCUCCGUCCUCCUGGAGGGGAGCAGGUCCACCCUCCGUCCUUCUAGAGGAGAGAAGGUCCACCCUCCGUCCUCCUAGAGGAGAGAAGGUCCACCCUCCGUCCUUCUAGAGGAGAGAAGGUCCACCCUCCAUCCUUCUAGAGGCGAGAAGGUCCACCCUCCGUCCUUCUCGAGGCGAGAAGGUCCACCCUCCAUCCUUCUAGAGGCGAGAAGGUCCACCCUCCGUCCUUCUAGAGGAGAGAAGGUCCACCCUCCGUCCUUCUAGAGGAGAGAAGGUCCACCCUCCGUCCAUCUAGAGGAGAGAAGGUCCACCCUCCGUCCGUCUAGAGGAGAGAAGGUCCACCCUCUGUCCAUCUAGGGGAGAGAAGGUCCACCCUCCGUCCAUCUAGAGGAGAGAAGGUCCACCCUCCGUCCAUCUAGAGGAGAGAAGGUCCACCCUCCGUCCAUCUAGAGGAGAGAAGGUCCACCCUCCGUCCGUCUAGAGGAGAGAAGGUCCACCCUCUGUCCAUCUAGGGGAGAGAAGGUCCACCCUCCGUCCAUCUAGAGGAGAGAAGGUCCACCCUCCGUCCAUCUAGAGGAGAGAGGGUCCACCCUCCGUCCAUAUAGAGGAGAGAAGGUCCACCCUCCGUCCUUCUAGAGGAGAGAAGGUCCACCCUCCGUCCUUCUAGAGGAUAGAAGGUCCACCCUCCAUCCUUCUAGAGGAGAGAAGGUCCACCCUCCAUCCUUCUAGAGAGAAGGUCCACCAUCCGUCCUUCUAGAAGAGAGAAGGUCCACCCUCCAUCCCUCCAGCCAGUGAGCCAAGGCCUGCUCCGUUACUCCACUCUCGUCUCCCUUUUUGUUCAGAGGCAUUCCAGAAAUAUGGCAUUUACAUAUUUUAUAAAUAUCAUUUGUUUAGUAGUUCUGUUUUUUUUAUUUGUUUUUGUUUUCUUUCCCCUCUGGCUUUGUGCAUGUGACUGAGGAGGGCUAUGUGUGAGUAUGUCUAAACAUCGCCAGAGCAUAUGUGUGUGUGUUGAUGAAGGUGAUGGAAGACAUCAGUAAGCCAUCGCAUUUCUCUGUGUGCUCGAAAGCACAGCCCUCCCCUCUGUAAUUCUUGGCCAAAAUUUGCCCUAUUUAUUAUAAAUAUAUAUAUUACGUGUGCCUGUACAGUCCAGUACAACUAGAGAAUUGCUCCAAGGAGUCAGUCAUUUGAAGUUUUCAGGUAGUGAUGUUUUUUAGCCUCAUUUUCUCAUUCACGGCCAAGCUGUACUGAAACGAUCACGGGAACAAACUAAAAAAAGUAUGAAUUCUAACAGUUGAUUCUGUAGUGUUUGAGAUGAGGGUUGUGGAAAAAUUCAACUAAUGAUGGAACAUUUGCUUUUUUUCUUGUCAUUCCAUUGCAAGCCUGUUCCGAGUGUCUUAUGACACCAGUAUAUUCUAUGUUAUGAUUUGUGUAGUUGCCCUCAUUGCAUGUUCAACUUGUCAAUCAAGUCAGGCUGGGUAACACAAAGGUAGGUUGACACUGCUGGUUUUCUGCUGGACCAUCAAUCUCCCAUUAGUGCUGUACAAAGCCAACCUUUCUGCUAUCAAGCCUGCUACAUAUCUUAAAUACGCACUGUUAGAUGAGUACUAUUUGAUAUUUUUAAUAUAAGAUGAAAAGAAAAUCAAAAAAUGUUGUAUUUUACUUCAUUUGAGAAGAACUUGAGUAUACUGUAUUAACAAGGGUAAAUGUACAUGUGAACUUUUUUCUUUUUAGUAAAAUAAAUAAAAGUGUACUGAAAUAUU